UACUUGUGGCAGCACAAUCUAUGCUCGAUUAGCUCGAAGAGAAAAUUUUACCGUACCGCAUAAACAUUCGUUAAUUUUUGUCCGAAAGUUUCCGGACGAAUUACCUUCUCUUAUUUCUAACUCGCGAUCCUGUUCGGAAUUUACAGCUGCGAAAUGUCUGGUCGGGAAGGAGGUAAAAAGAAGCCCCUGAAAGCCCCGAAGAAGGACUCUAAGGUUUUAGACGAGGAGGACAUGGCAUUUAAGCAAAAGCAAAAGGAACAGCAGAAAGCGUUGGCUGAGGCAGCGAAGAAAGCCAGUCAAAAAGGUCCUCUGGUCACUGGUGGUAUUAAAAAAUCUGGGAAGAAAUGAUUGUAAUAAUGGACAAGAUAUGUGAUCCACUGUGCUCAUAAAUGUUCCAAUUAUAAUAAUGAUUUUGAACUAAGCCAUCGUUCACUAGACUGCAAUUUCUUUUUGAUGUUCCUUAAUUAUUUUGAGAGAACUUGUAAAUAUAACAAUUUUAUGUAUGUGUUCUCCAUUAAAUUUUUAUAAAAAUUAACAUGAGACUUAUAUGUAAUAACAUUUAUUAAAUAGCAGAUUUCAUAUGUUCCAACUUUUUAAGUACAUUGAUUUGCACAAAGAGAAAACAAAUCAAUAAAUAAUACAAAAACCUUGAAA